AUGUCCUGCCUGCCCGCCUCCCUGGGCAGGGCCUCAGGCAUCAGCCUGUUUGCUUACUGCAGAGUGGAUCACACCUUCUGUAACAGCGUCUUCCUGGGCUCAAUGGAAGGAACCUGUGAGGUCCGAAACCCACACAACAGCGAAACACCUUCAGUGUUGGGGGCGGGAGGGGUCGAUGCGGUGGCUCAGUCGGUCAGCACACACGCCUGCCCGUGUGCCUUGCCCUGUCUGCCUGAUGACCCGUGGUUCCCAGGCUCCCCCGCGUGUGUAACCAUCCUGGGGUUUGAUGGUCAGAUCACUGGAAGGUCUAGCAAUUACAUGAUUAAGAAAGGCAAUGAGGGAGAGGAACUGCAGCCCCUUCGUCCUCCAAAGGACAGUUCUCAGGACAGCCCCCAGCCAGCUGGGCCAGGAGCUGAGCUCCGAGUCCUGCGUCAGCCAGGAGAGGCAGAGAACGAGGUGGUGGUCGGCCGGCCCCCAGCCCCACAAGCCAUUCAGCCCCGAGAGCAAGCUGCUGGUGGUCUGCACACCUCCCCAGCCCUGACCCCUCCUGGUGUGUGCUGCCGGCUUCACCCUGCCCUGGGUCUCCCCCCUGCAGCCACAACCGUCUCCCUGGUCUUCAGCCUUGGACUGAAGUUGACCUCAGGAAGGUGCCCCUGGCAUCCGCCCCCAGCCCCAGCCCGCAGUUGA